AUGGCGAAAUCGAAUAGUGAUUUGACUAAUGAUAUUGAAGACAUUGAUCAUUUGGUAGAUGAUUUAAACAUAAAUGAACUAACGGCAAUUUUAAAAGCUAUUAAGCGGAACAAAUAUGGUAACCAAUUUUCUUUACGCGCACGUGUUUUAAGAUUGUUAACUGCUCCUGCACAAAAAAAAAAAGUUUUGAAACAAAUAAUUUUAGAAGUCUAUAACUCUAGACCACAACAAAACCAACAACUUCAACAGGCCCCGGUUGUACAACAAUCAAAUGUUUCACAGCCAAAUUUUUUACAAGGGUUUUUACGACAACCUCAAAACAACCUUCAAAUUUAUAACCAAUCUUAUACAUCACCAAGACAAAAUCCUAUACAACCUUUUGUUGAAACCUCAAGUCCAACUAUACAAUGGGAACACUUACCGUUCUUUAAAAUGGUACAGACGUUAUUAAUGCCUAUGUACUGCCAGACUAAUAUUAAUUCUGCCAACUUUACUUUAACAGAUAAUGUUAGACGUACUAUUGUUGAAUCAUGGAAUAUUGAAAUACAAGAAUAUAAAAUAAAAAUUAUUUUAAGAUUACUACAAGUUGGACUUAAUGAAAAUGUUACCGAAAAUUUAAAUAACAUCACAGUUACUGUAAAUGAUUGUUUUAGAGAAUUACCUACAAGAAAAACAUUAAAAUCUCAAACAGAAACGGUUGAGGACACUCCUUUAGAUAUAACUCAACUAAUGGAUUUAAAAAAUUGUUUACAGAACACUUUAAAAAUUACAUGGUCAAAAAAACCACCCAAAUAUGUGGCUGGUGUUUAUGUGGCCCACAGAUUGACUUGGAAUGAUUUGCUCGAAGAACUCAUAAAAAGACCAAAACGUACCUCGGAUAAAACUAAAGAACUCAUUAAAAAAUCUAUGGAGAAUGAUGAGGAUAUGCAUAUAGUUUCCCUAUUUGUUUCUGUUAUGGAUCCAUUAACUAAACUAAGAAUGAAACUUCCUGUUCGGGGUGUAGACUGUAUACAUUUACAGUGUUUCGAUGCAAUACAAUUUUUAAAGAUAAAUGAACAAAAUGAAAGAUGGAGGUGCCCAAUAUGUAAAAACAAAAUUAAAUUUAAAAACAUUGAAGUUGAUGAGUUUUUUUUGAACAUGCUUCAAAGUUCAGAUUUAAGCGAAGAAUGUGAAGAUGUUGUUUUAUUAAAAGAUGGGACAUGGUCUCAGAGAAAAAGUAGAGAAUUUUCAAACAAUUCUAGAACAAAUCACUGUGGAUCUACAAACAAUAUAAAAGUAUUUUCAUUGUCAGAUUCUGAUGAUGAUAAUGAUGAAGAUAACAGUAAUAGUUAA